UGGCGCAAGCGCCGCCGCGCGUCUCGAGCUCGGGGUAGGCUGUCGGCGUCGAUCACAGGCAGCAGCAGGCGCCGGGGCCGGGCGCGCGAGAGAUGCCGCCGUCCGAGUGCCGCAAGCCGGCGGGCCCGGGCUGCCGGAGCGGGGGGAAUUGAGAAUGGGCCAUCAACAAUGCUAGGUCUACAAUGGGAAGUGUCACGGUUCGCUAUUUCUGCUAUGGGUGCCUUUUCACAUCUGUGACUUGGACACUUCUGCUGUUUGUUUAUUUCAACUUCAGCGAAGAGACCCAAUCUUUCAAGAAUGUGCCCGUCAAGGGGCUGGAACCUCAAAAGCCACUUCCUAAAAAAUUUUAUCCCCGUUUCACUCGGGGUCAAGAUCGCGUACCUGAACCACAACGGAAAGACAACAGUAUAGGGAAUCCAUUUGGAAAUCAUGCACAUGAUCCAGGGAAGGGAGACAUGGAGCUCUCCCCUGAAAUGGGCAUGAUUUUUAAUGAACACGAUCAGGAGGUGAGAGACUUGGGCUAUCAGAAGCAUGCCUUCAAUAUACUUAUCAGCAACCGUUUGGGAUACCACAGAGAGGUGCCAGAUACAAGGGAUGCAAAGUGCAGAGAAAAGUCCUACUCUUCUGAUUUACCAUUUGCCAGCGUAGUUAUCUGUUUCUAUAACGAAGCAUUUUCUGCUUUGCUUCGGACAGUACAUAGCGUACUGGAUCGCACUCCAGCAUAUCUUCUUCAUGAAAUUAUCUUAGUGGAUGACAACAGUGAAUUGGUUGAUUUGAAAAAAGACCUAGAUGAAUAUAUCAAAAAAAAUCUUCCAAGAAACACAAAGCUGGUAAGAAAUGAAAAGCGAGAGGGGCUGAUUCGAGGAAGAAUGAUUGGAGCAUCUCAUGCUACAGGAAAAGUGCUGGUGUUCCUGGACAGCCACUGUGAAGUGAAUGAGAUGUGGUUACAACCUUUGCUGGCGCCAAUCAGAGAAGACCGCAAGACAGUGGUGUGCCCUGUGAUUGACAUAAUCAGUGCUGACACGCUCAUCUACAGCUCUUCCCCCAUUGUGCGUGGAGGGUUUAACUGGGGUCUACACUUUAAAUGGGAUCUUGUUCCUUUGUCAGAAUUGGAAGGGCCUGAGGGAGCCACUGCGCCAAUCAAGUCACCUACUAUGGCAGGAGGCUUGUUUGCUAUGGAUAGAGAAUACUUCAAUGAACUUGGACAGUAUGAUAGUGGCAUGGACAUCUGGGGAGGAGAAAAUCUGGAAAUAUCAUUUCGGAUCUGGAUGUGUGGGGGUAGACUUCUAAUCAUCCCUUGCUCCAGGGUAGGACACAUAUUCCGUAAAAGGCGCCCCUAUGGCUCACCGGGGGGGAAGGAUACCAUGGCCCAUAACUCUCUGCGCCUGGCACACGUGUGGAUGGAUGAAUAUAAGGAACAAUAUUUUGCCGUAAGACCUGAACUAAGGACCAGGAAUUAUGGAAACAUUACUGACCGUGUGGAGUUGAGGAAAAAAAUGAACUGCAAGUCAUUUAAAUGGUAUUUAGAUAAUAUCUACCCAGAGAUGCAAAUAUCUGGGCCCAAUGCCAAAGCUCAGCAACCAGUUUUUAUUAACAGAGGGCAAAAACGACCAAAAAUACUGCAGCGUGGAAGGCUUUAUCACCUUCAAACCAACAAAUGUCUAGUUGCCCAGGGUCACCCAAGUCAGAAAGGAGGACUAGUUGUGGUUAGGGAAUGUGACUACAAUGAUCAAAACCAGAUAUGGAUUUAUAAUGAAGACCAUGAGCUGAUUUUAAAUAAUCUCCUCUGCUUGGACAUGUCAGAAACUCGCUCAUCAGAUCCACCUCGUCUCAUGAAAUGCCACGGAUCUGGAGGGUCACAGCAGUGGACGUUUGGGAGUCUCCAACUGAAAUCAGGGUUCAGGUGCAAACCCGCAAUGAGAGAGUCCCUAUCCCAAAGAGCUUACAAUCUAAAUAGACCAGACAGACGAAGAGGUGAGGAAAGGAAGCAUUAACUCCAUUUUACAGAUGAGGAACUAAGGUAGAGAGAGCUGUACGUCUGCCAUGACACAGUUAAUCAGGGCUAUGGAGAGUUAAUGAGAAAGAUGGCAUUGCUUCAGUGGCUUAGUGUGAAGACUGAAUGCGCCAGCUUAGAGAAUAAGGCCAUUGAAAAAAAAGCACAAAAUGGAAUCCCUCCCCCAACAGCUAGCCAAGGGAACAUGGCUAAUUUCCAAACAUGAGAUCACAGCUCUCUGGAGAGCCACCCACCUUGCAGGACCUCCUGUCAACGUAGCAUCAAUGACAUGAUCAUUGUCAAUGCGGAACAUGUACACUCCACGAUUCUGAAAGAGAGUGGGGAGAAAAGGCGCUAUAGAUUUUACAAAAAAAAUCAAUGAUUAAAACAAAGCAGCAACAUGGACCAUCUCCAAGUACUUUUCUGGAUUCACAAUUAGACAUGGCCCACUGGCUCACUAAGGAAAUACUGAUUCAUAUAUUUCACUUACUGUGUGAAAGUGGGACACUAUCAUUUACUCCACUACCUCUGAGGAAUGGAUGGGCCAAAAAACACAAGAGGCAACCUCCUGCGAUUUUAAUAUCUCCCUCAAAUAAUAUGCUAAUACGAUUUGUAUAGCGCCUUUCACGUAAGGUCUCAAAGUGCUUUACCAACGGUCUCUCACAACAUCCCGGCAUUGCACAAAGAGGUCAAGCCUUACUUAAAAAGUGGUCCCUAAAAAUGCAGGCUCUGUCCUUUCUGCGCUUGUACAACUGUAAGAUCGGUACAUUACCUGACUCACUGGCGUUUGUGAGGUUUAAUAUAUUUGGUAAGCACUCUGAGAUCCUGGAAUGAAAGGCACUGUAAAUGUCUAAGGUAAUAUUAACAUCUCAAGUUCAUGCAGUAAGUCUGGCAGAGUGAUGAACAGAAUCAAAAGCAGAGUGGCACAGCAGAAGUGUGCUGAGUCUAUAACUGAGAUGGAUUGAAACGGUCUUCUGCUAGUUUUUAUGGUCUGUGUUAUACAGGAAGUCAAUCUGGAAGAUCACAAUUGUCCCUUUGGCCUUGAAAUUUAUGAAUUCAGUAGUCCCAAUUCCCAGUCCCCUUCUACAAUCACUAGACACCACACUGCCUCCCAGAAUUCAAACAUUCAUUUACAAGAGUACUUUGACUCAGCUUCCUCAGAACGGAAGUCUUAAAAUGCUGGCAACUCAUCUCAUUCUGUUGCAUGAAUACUUAAAGGAAAGGAAAGGAACGGAACAGUAAGUAAAUAAUAAUAACAACAGACAAUACCUGAGAUUCAUAAAGCUUCUCCUUCCUGUUUGCCACCUCAUUACGGAUGAUAGUUCCAAUAUAUUCAAUGAUCAUGGUGUGCUUUUCAAUGUCUCUAGCAGCAUAUAAGCCCAGGCCCUACAAAGGGAAUACUGUGUGAUUUAGAACUGGAGAAUCAAUACACAUUUACAUUUGAUUCCUUUGGUGUGCCCCCAAGCCAUGCUUGGAGAAAAUCUAUAUCUACACAUGCAGAAAUGAUACAUAAUGAAAGAUAAAAAGUGACACUGUUGAAAAAACACAAAAGGUCAGCAAAUGCAAACAGCGACCUUAGCUCCAGCACAUAUACACAUUCAAUAUAUUUAACAUAUACAAUUGGAAAUAUAAACAGUGAUAUAUUUACCCAAAAAACAGGAAAAGGAGAGUAUAUGAGCAACAUGGCUGAAUAUACACUUUUAAAGUUUAAAACAGAGAACUAUCUGAGCAAUUACAUUCUGUGAUUUCUUCACUUCAUCUCCUGAUUUUUUGUGAUUUUAACUAUACAGCUUUAAUGAUGCAAAAUCAGUUUUCUGCAUUUAAUUUCUUAGUUUUUUUAAAAUACGAGAAAAUGCUUUGCAAUUAUUUAUCUUGCAGCCAAUUGAGCUAGUAGGCUUCUUACUCUAGAGUUAUUUGACUUAUGCAGAGAUUGUGAAUUCCUUGAACAAUAAAGAGUACUUUCUAGAACCAAAUAAUUCAAAUGUGUGCUAUGGUGUUUUAUCCAUUUAAAUAAUCUUCCACAGUCCAACCUAAAAUAUACAGCAAAUAUAUACAAGGCAUGUUGUACAGAUUUGGCAACCUUCAGUGGAGCUGUACAUCUGGGAGGUUUGCAGAAGUCAAUAAAUUGACUAUUUAAUUGUAUUAACAUGACAAAGUAUUUUACUCAACAACCUGGACUCGCAUUAUUUCUGUUCUCUAUUUUUUAAUGAGCUAGCUUGGUCUAAAAUUAGCCACUAGAUAUGCAGAUGAUCCUCCCACUGCUGCUGGUAAAAAAGAUUCUGUAUAUUUUAGUUUCUUCACUAAACUGCAUUUUGUUUUUGAGAAAAAAGUUAAAAGGACCUAACCAGUAAAACAACACAACUCAGUUUUGCAAGCUAGGGAUUCAGUCAAUUAAAUAAAAAAAAAAAAGAUUUAAAGCAAACAACCACCUUUGUUACAUACAAUAGAUGGAAACUGAUCACCACACACAUGCCAUAAAUUCCCUUCAGACUUUACUAGACUCUACAGACUGUAGGGAUUUGUAUUUAGGAAUAAAAAUCUCAAAAAUACAGCUAUAUUGUAACUGACCUGAAUCCGAGAGCGAGCCAGAUACACAUUGGAUUUCCAUUCAGUCUUCAUUUUACGGUACUGGGAGGACUUGGAAUGGACAAACUGUUUACUGUAAGGCGCAUUUAGCUCUCCUGUCACUGUGCUCUGAAAUGACUUUGAGGUGCUGGUGCUAUUCAAGGUGUGAGGCCUGCAGGAAUUGGGCAUAUAACAGAAAAAAAUACAAGGAAAA